GAAUAGGUUAAAAUGUUAAGAUUUAAAAAUGUAUUAGCAAAUAAUUUAAUAUAAAUUUAAUGAAAUAAUAAAUUUUUAUAUAAAAAAAUAAACAUUGUAUUCCAAAAAACUAUUAAUGCAAUAUUAAAAGUAACUCAUAGCAUUGGGCCAUUUACUAUGUCUAGUUAAGUAUAACAUAAUUAUUUUAUAUUAUAUAUAUAUAUAUAUAUGCUUAUACACCAAUCAAACACGUUUCUUAUAUAUACGCUCAUACAGCUAUCAAAUACUGACACGUGGAGCAAUAUUGUAAUUAAAAAGUCUAUUACAAAGUAGAUAAUAUAUAUGGUGGAGUUCGCAAGGUUUUUUUUUUCCAAUCAAUUUGAGAUAAUAUUCUAACACUCGAAAAAGAACAAACAAUGUUAAUAAUCAAGAUGGUCUCUGUACGCACUGCACCCUAAUUAAUGAAUAUAUUUAAAAAAUUAUCACGUGAUCAGUAAAUUAAUGACAAUGUUGACAGGAUCAAUAAAUUUAUUAAUUAAAUAAUUUUAUCUCAACGUGUAGUAUGGUGGGGCUGAAACACCUACAUAUUGUUUUAAAUGUUAAUUAAAAAAUUAAUCAGAAAAACAUAUCUGCCCAAAAAUAUAGUUUGUGAUUAUGAUCUGAAUCAUUGAUAGCUGUUUGUACAUGGUUAUGAUUUGAAUUCACAGUUUGACCAAGUAAUUACUAUAUGUAUUUGAAUUCUGAAUUUUGGUGGAUCAACAAUAUUAUAUUUUGGUGGGCUAUGGAGAAGAGUGAUAACAUGGAAUCAAGAUUUGGGCUUCUUCUUCGUACGGUUCUUCUAUUGGCUAUCUCCUCCAUUGUUUCAUCACAGAACAUCAUCAAGAUCCUACCGGGAUUUCAUGGAGAUCUACCUUUCAAACUUGAAACUGGGUAUGUGGGGGUUGGGGAAAAGGAUGAGAUACAGCUAUUCUAUUACUUUAUUGAAUCGGAAAAAAGUCCAGAAGAUGACCCUCUUGUGCUCUGGCUCACCGGAGGGCCUGGUUGUUCUGCUUUAUCCGGUCUCAUUUAUGAAAUAGGUCCAUUAUCAUUUGACUAUGAAAUGGCCAGUUGGAAUUCAACAACUUUGAUUUAUAAUCCAUACUCAUGGACUAAGGUUGCCAACAUUAUUUUUUUAGAUGGACCUGUAGGGACUGGAUUUUCGUAUGCAACCACAUGGCAGGCAUACAACACUUCUGAUACUUUAUCCGCCACAACAAACUAUGAUUUUCUUAGAAAGUGGUUAAUGACUCACCCCAAAUUCCUCAAAAAUCCACUUUACAUUGCGGGUGAUUCUUAUUCGGGCAUUAUUGUUCCAAUCCUUGUUCAGGAUAUAGCUAAUGGUAAUGAAGCUGGUGUUGAGCCAUCAAUGAAUCUCAAGGGAUAUAUACUUGGCAAUCCUGUGACAUACCUACACGAUGAUGUUAAUUCCAAAGUUGAAUUCAGUUAUCGAAAGGCGCUUAUAUCGGAUCAACUCUAUAAGUCAAUUAAAACCAAUUGCAAUGGGGAAGACGUGAAUAUUGAUCAAGAGAAUGCAUUAUGCAAUAAAGAUAUGGAGGCUUUUCACGAGUGCACAGAUAAAUUAUCUACCGCACAUAUAUUGGAACCUAGGUGUCCAGUUCAUGCCUCCCCAAAACCAAAGGUGUUUUUAAAAUCAUGGUCCCCAAUGACCACAUUCACAGAGGAUUCAAUUCAUCUCUUACUUUCAGUUUCUCAACUGCAUAAUCAACCCUCAAUGUGUCGGGAUUAUCACUAUCUAUACUCUUAUGCUUGGGUUAAUAAUCAAAGUGUUCAGGAUGCUCUCCAAAUUCGAAAGGGAAGUAAACAGGGGUGGACAAGAUGCAAUCUUACCAUACCAUACGUUCAUGACGUCACAAGUAGUGUCGAUUAUCAUCAGAAUCUCAAGAACAAAGGCUAUCGAGUAUUAGUCUACAGUGGUGAUCAAGAUUUCAUAAUUCCCUAUGUGGGAACACUGGCAUGGAUUGAAGCUCUCAAUUUGACUGUUGGACGUGCUUGGACACCAUGGUUUGUCGAUGGACAAGUUGCAGGAUACACAGUGCAAUAUUAUACAGAUAAUGGCCAGUUGACAUUUGCGACAGUAAAGGAUGCGGGUCACACAGCUCCGGAGUUCAGGCCCAAGGAAUGCCUUGCCAUGGUUGAUAGGUGGUUUGCCCAUGUACCUCUCUUUACUCAAUAUUAGAAGGUUUCUAAUAUUUUUGUCAACAAUAUGAUCAAGUAUCUUCAUUUGUAUAAUCCACACCAUUAAUUUCUCUCUCUCUCUCUCUCUCUCUCUCUCUCUCUCUCUCUCUCUCUCUCUAUUAUUUUUUUAUUUUUAUAUUUUUACUCUAAUAAUUAAGCAAAUGGAAAUAAGUAGAUUUGCAAAUCCAA